AACAUGUCGACAAACUGUUGAGGUUGUCUUUGUUUUUCUCGUUGAGAUUCGUCAGAAAGUCGGUCAACACCUCAAAGGAAGCGUGGCCGAACUUAAAAUGAAUAUCGCCCGGCUCGCUUUGACAACUAAACGUGACUUUCUCCGCCAUGUGGGUGCUCAAAAAAACAAACAACAGUGAGUAAAUUGUUGUCACUCAAUAAUAUUCAACAUUCGUGUGUUUAGUUUGAAUUCAAUUUAAAACGUGACUUUAACGCGUGUUUGCGGAAGAUGGCGCUGUUUCCAUUGGUGUCGUUUUACAGGAACGCAACACUCCUGACAGGUUGCAGUUAGGGACACGUUUACAGCUGCACACAUUUCCGCUUCCGGUGGCUGCUUUGUGCGGGAACAGAUCUGACAACAAACCGGAUGUGACCCGCCCACCUUCUUCACAAUGACUUUGCUUUGGAAGUCUGCGAAAACAAGCCCCGCUUUACCGCUUAGGCAACGCAAACAUGGCGGACCAGACGCCGAAGCAGUCCGACGCUCCGUACGCGGAGAGGAUAGACCCCACCAAGGCCAAGCUGUCCAACGACCAGAUGCACUUCAUCAGGCAGGUGGAGCUCGAACAGUGGAAGAAGAAGACACACAAGUUGAAGGCGCGGAACGUGCUGACGGGGGUCGCCAUCGGAGCCCUGGUGGUGGGAAUAUACGGCUACACCUUCUACUCCGUCUCCCAGGAGCGCGUCAUGGACGAUCUGGACCAGGAGGCCAAGCGUGCCAGAGCGCCAAAGACGGGCGCCAACUGAGUCCUGUUCUCCUCUUGAUGGCGACCAUGUUCUCCUCUUGAUGGCGACCAUGUUCUCCUCUUGAUGGCGACCAUGUUCUCCUCUUGAUGGCGACCAUGUUCUCCUCUUGAUGGCGACCAUGUUCUCCUCUUGAUGGCGACCAUGUUCUCCUCUUGAUAGCGACCAUGUUCUCCUCUUGAUAGCGACCAUGUUCUCCUCUUGAUGGCGACCAUGUUCUCCUCUUGAUGGCGACCAUGUUCUCCUCUUGAUAGCGACCAUGUUCUCCUCUUGAUGGCGGCCAUGUUCUCCUCUUGAUGGCGGCCAUGUUCUCCUCUUGAUGGCGACCAUGUUCUCCUCUUGAUGGCGACCAUGUUCUCCUCUUGAUGGCGACCAUGUUCUCCUCUUGAUAGCGACCAUGUUCUCCUCUUGAUGGCGGCCAUGUUCUCCUCUUGAUGGCGGCCAUGUUCUCCUCUUGAUGGCGACCAUGUUCUCCUCAUGACGCCUGCUGGACUCUUCACUCGGGACAUAUUGUCGUCCAACUGGACGUGGACCUGCCAGGACACGACGGCAGACCAACACAAAUUAAGAUCUGAAGUGACCUUCCUUUAACAGCGGCCGACACAAAUGACAAAAUGUUGCAUGUGACUUUAUUUAUGUUUUUUUUGUUGAAUAAUAAAACAACAACGUGUCGUGUUUUUGACGACCUCA